AUGUCAGAUUCAAACGAAACCCCGGUUUAUACCCUCGCUGAGGGCAAGCCCGUCGAGGACCCAACCUCAUCCGUCGUCCUUCGCGGACCAAAAGUUCGAGGUGGCGGUCUCGCAUUGUUGGCAGACACGCAAUUGAUCGAGACACUUGCUCACUUUCCUCGAGAGCGUAUUCCUGAGCGUGUUGUUCACGCCAAAGCGGCUGGAGCAUGGGGCUACUUCGAGUGCACCCAUGAUAUCACAGACUGGUGUUCAGCAGCGCCUUUCCGUCGCAUCGGCAAACAGACCCAAGUCCUUGCCCGUCUGUCUACCGUCGCUGGUGAGAAGGGAUCUUCCGACACCCUCCGUGACAUCAGAGGCUUCGCCCUCAAGAUGAAGACCGAGGAAGGGAACUGGGAUUUUGUCGGGAACGACUUACCCGUCUUCUUUAUUCGCGACCCAGCAAAGUUCCCUUCGUUGAACAGAUCUCAUAAACAUCACCCGCAGACUGCUGUUGCUGAUGCAAGCAUGUUUUGGGACUUUCACAACAACAAUCAAGAAGGCGCUCACUGUCUGAUGCAACUAUUUGGACCACGCGGUGUACCACAGUCUCUCAAGAAUGUAAACGGCUUUGGAAACCAUACAUUCAAAUUUGGCAAACCCGAAGAUGGAUCUUUCAAGUACGUCAAAAUCCACUUCAAGCCUGACGAUGGCAUCAAGAAUCUUUCACAAGAGGAUGCCAUUCGUCUUGCAGGCGAAGAGCCAGAUUAUCACGUCAAGGAUAUGUACAACUCUAUUGAGAGAGGUGACUAUCCGACAUGGACCAUGUAUCUUCAGGUCAUGGAUCCCAAAGAGGCGGAGACAUACAAGUGGAACAUCUUCGACAUCACUAAAAUCUGGCCUCACAAGGACUAUCCUCUUAUCCCCGUCGGAAAGCUUGUGUUGAACAAGAACCCAGAUAACCACUUCCAUGAUAUCGAGCAAGCAGCUUUCUCGCCUUCGACACUCAUUCCUGGUAUCGCUCCGUCAGCUGAUAUCAUGCUGCAUGCGAGAAUGUUUAGUUAUCCUGAUGCUGCACGCUAUCGCGUUGGCCCAAACUACCAGCAACUUCCAUGCAAUCGACCUCUUGACGCCUACUCACCAUAUCAGAGAGACGGACCGAUGCAUCUUGAUGGAAACUAUGGUUCAGACCCUGAUUAUGUUCGCUCCUCAUUCCGCAAGGUCAAAAGCGGUCCCGCCGACGUCACGCACAGCGAAUGGGUUGGCAGAGUCCAAGCCUACUCGUCCGACGUCGAAGACGAAGACUGGGAACAGCCUCGUAAUCUGUGGAAGAUCUUCAAGGAUAAUGAGGAAGAUGAAGUCUUUCUCAACAACCUGUCUGGUCACGUCAACAAAGCACUUCCCGAAGUCCAGGAGGCAACAGUUCGUAUGUGGGCUAAUGUUGAUGAAGAGAUAUCGAAGAGGCUCGGAGAGAAGUUGAAGAAUUUGACUGGGGAUUUUGACCAUUCCAAGGCACCGCCGAGUCAGACUGUGUUGGCGUCGAGGCGUAAGUGA